AUGGAGUCCUCACGCGGGCCCCCGAGGGUCAAAAACAAGGCCGCCGCGCCUGUCCAGAUCUCCGCCGAACAGCUUCUGCGCGAAGCCGUCGAUCGUCAGGAGACCUCUCUACAGGCGCCGACACAGCGAUUCGGCGAUUUAGAAGAGCUUCACGAGUUCCAGGGUCGAAAGCGGAGGGAGUUCGAGAGCUAUGUCCAACGAAAUAGGAUUAACAUGAACAACUGGAUGCGCUAUGCCGCCUGGGAACUUGAGCAGAAAGAAUUCAAGCGAGCGCGAUCUAUCUUCGAACGUGCCCUUGAUGUCGAUCCGACGUCGGUUGUGCUAUGGAUCCGAUAUAUCGAGGCCGAGAUGAAGAAUAGGAAUAUCAACCAUGCGAGGAACUUACUCGAUCGUGCUGUCACCGUCUUACCCCGAGUUGAUAAGUUGUGGUACAAGUAUGUCUACAUGGAGGAAACGUUGGGCAAUAUCCCCGGUACGAGACAAGUCUUCGAGAGAUGGAUGUCUUGGGAGCCGGAUGAGGCGGCGUGGAGCGCGUAUAUCAAGUUGGAAAAGCGAUACGGCGAAUACCAACGAGCCCGAGAUAUCUUCGAACGCUUCACGAUAGUACAUCCGGAACCACGCAACUGGAUUAAGUGGGCUAGGUUUGAGGAAGAGUUCGGGACGAGCGACCUUGUCCGAGAAGUCUUUGGUGCUGCGGUAGAGGCCCUUGGAGAUGAAUUCGUCGAUGAGAGACUCUUCAUCGCCUAUGCCAGAUUCGAAGCGAAGCUGAAGGAAUACGAACGGGCUAGGGCUAUUUACAAAUACGCACUGGACCGUCUCCCUAGAUCAAAAUCUAUGGGCUUACAUAAGGCUUAUACAACCUUUGAGAAGCAGUAUGGUGAUAGAGAUGGUGUUGAGGAUGUCAUAUUGUCGAAAAGGAGAAGACUCUACGAAGACCAGAUCAAGGAAAAUCCGAAGAACUACGAUAUAUGGUUCGAUUAUGCUCGAUUGGAGGAAACUUUAGGCGACCUAGAUCGAGUAAGAGACGUCUACGAGCGAGCGGUCGCGCAAAUACCACCGACGCAGGAGAAGCGACACUGGCGUCGCUAUAUCUAUUUAUGGAUCUUCUACGCUAUAUGGGAGGAGUUGGAAGCCAAAGACAUUGACCGGGCGCGCCAGAUCUACAAGUUGUGUGUCGACUUAAUCCCCCACAAGAAGUUUACCUUCGCUAAAGUCUGGUUGUUGAGAGCACAAUUUGAGAUACGGCAAGGCGAAUUAACAGCCGCGCGUAAAACGCUUGGGCAGGCCAUUGGCAUGUGCCCGAAAGACAAGUUGUUCAAGGGCUACGUCGAGCUGGAGUUGAAGCUUUUUGAAUUCGUGCGAUGUCGAACACUCUACGAAAAGCACAUCGAAUGGAACCCUGCCAAUUGCCAGACCUGGAUUAAGUUCUCCGAGCUCGAAAGAGGAUUGGACGAUCUCGAGAGGACAAGAGCAAUUUUCGAGUUAGCUAUUAACCAGCCCGUCCUAGAUAUGCCGGAGCUCCUAUGGAAGGCGUACAUUGACUUCGAGGAAGAAGAGGGCGAGUAUGAAAAGACACGCGAUCUAUACGAGAGACUGUUGGAAAAGACCGAUCACGUCAAGGUCUGGAUCAGCUAUGCCCAUUUCGAGAUCAAUAUUCCCGAAGAAGACGAGGAAGAAACAGGCGAAGAGGAAGAGCGACCUGUCAGUGAGGAGGCGAAGGCCAGAGCUCGUGGUGUAUUUGAACGUGCUCACAAGCGUAUGAAGGAGAAAGAACUCAAGGAAGAAAGAGUUUCUCUACUCAAUGCUUGGUUAUCGUUCGAACGCACGCAUGGGUCAGCGGAGGAUAUCGAGAAAGUUCAGAAACAAAUGCCGCGGAGGACAAAGCGGAGACGCAGGCUCGAAGACGACACGUUCGAGGAGUAUAUCGACUACGUCUUCCCUGCGGACGACGAACAGAAGCAGGAUCUAUCCAAGAUGCUUGCUAUGGCUCAGGCCUGGAAGCAAGGCGGUGGAGCUGUCGGCGGGUCGAGUUAA